UUUUAUCCAUUCACUGAUUCGUCCCCUUGUUUCUUUCAUUUAUUAUACCUAUUUAUUUUUUUUCGUGCUGUUUUACUGCUCAAUAUUAUUAAAAAAAUUUUUUUUGUGGCACUACACACUUUUCUUUCUUUUUUUUUAUUAAAAUGAUGAAUAUUAAAAUUAUAUAUAUUUUUUUGUUUUUUUUUCUGAAGCGUUUUUUCGCUUAAUAUAUAUUUUUUAAUUAAAAAUUUUUUUCUUAAUUUUUUUAAAAAUUUUUUAGUUAUUAAACUAGCCCGAAAAAAAAUAAAUUUUUUUUAUUUUCCCCUUCAAAAAUAGAUGCCAACUCAAUAAUAGUCAUGAAAGGAAAUUCUGAUAACGUUCGUUUGCCGCGUGUGUCAAAUAAAUGCAAAAACUUUACCCCUCCAUAUCCUAUUUGUCUAACAACUCACUGUGGCCAAGACUUUCUAUGCUUCUUUACAAAAAAAUUUGCAUUCAGUAAUCAUUUUUUGACUCCAAAACCAAUAGAAAUUGACGGAGUCGAAUAUUGUUGCUCCGAACAGUUUUACAUGUAUAUGAAAGCAAUGUAUUUUGAUUAUCAUUCACUUGCCAAAGAAAUAAUGUUAACCAAUGACCCAUCAACUAUCAAAAGACUUGGAAAUGCGGAUACAAUGAGGCAACGACAAGCAAAUGGAGCAGAAUUAAAAUGUAGAGAUUUUGACCAUGAUAAAUGGAGAAAAGUUAAAAGAAAUGUGAUGCUUACAGGAUUACGUGCAAAAUUUGAACAAAAUGUGCAAUUAUUUAAUAUGCUUAUUGAAACUGAAGAGGCUUUACUUAUUGAAGCGAGUCAAACAGAUACGUUUUGGGGUAUAUAUUUUUUUUAUUUCUUUUUUUUUUAUUUUGUGGAAUUUUUUAGGGGUUUUAAGCAUAAUCCCCUCUUUUUCCUAUUUCUUGACUUUUUUUGCCUAGGUUUCUUACUGGUUAGAAAUUUUUUAUAUUUUUGGUGUAGUGGGUUAUGUUUGUGUUUCGUUAUAGAAAGGUCGAAGGUUCAAUUCCAUCUUGUGGCGAAUUUUUUUGGCUUGUUUAGGGAUUAA